CCAUGCAAGGUCUUCAUGUUCAAGAAUCCAGAAUGUGUUUUCUGUAGAAUGAAUUCUGCUUUAAACACCCAUUUGGUGCUGUUAUUGAUGGUGUUUGCCCAACUACCUUCUUCCUUUACUAAAGGUACCAUUCAGGUAAUUGGUUCAUCUCACCCAAUAGUUGCUUUAGUGGGUGAUGACAUCAUACUGCCAUGCUAUUUGAACUCCUCAAUAAGUGCCUCAGACAAGACGGUGGAGUGGACAAAAUACAAGCUGGAUCCCAGAUUUGUUUAUGUGUGGCGUGAUGGUGGUGAACUGGAAAGCAAAAAGAAUCCCUCCUACAAAGGAAGAACAACGGUAUCCCUUCAUAAAUUAAACCAUGGAGACAUUUCACUGAAUCUGUCUAAAGUGAGACUUUCUGAUAGGGGAAGAUAUAGAUGCUUCCUUCCAGAUAUGGGUGAAACUUUACUGGAGCUCAUUGUUGGGGCUGUAUCCCUACCUGUAAUAUUGCGUGUUCAAAAAGCCAAGACUGGAGUUGCAUUACAGUGUGAGUCUGCAGGCUGGUAUCCAGAGCCUGAGCUGCUGUGGUUGGACGGUGAGGGAAACCUCCUCUCUGCUGGACCUACAGAGACCCUCAGAGGUCCUGAUGACCUCUAUACUGUCAGCAGCAGAGUGACUGUGGAGAAGAGACACAGCAACAACAUCACCUGCAGAGUCCAACAGAGGAACACCAACCAGAGCAGAGAGACACACAUACAUGUUCCAGGUAAAAACAUGAUGAAACUCAGGUCACAUAGUGAACAUGCACAUCCAUACAGUGUGGUCAUGUCCAAACACAAUGUUUACUCAGAACAUGUGACUAGAAAGGCAACACAAUUUUUGGUCCUGCUUUUGGUGAUAUUUGAAGCAAAUCCCUUUUAUUGUCUUUAUUCUUUAAAAUAUUGGCAAAAAUAUAGGUCAUAUAAAAAAGAAAUCAAAUACACAUAUACAACUGUUGAUUGUGUUAUUGGGAUGUGAUUCAUUAUUUUCUGUUUUAUUGUUUCAGAUUAUUUUUUCACGACCCCGCCAAAUCCUGCAGUUUGUGUCAGUCUGCUUAGUCUCUUUGUUAUUUCACUUUUGUGCAUUCUUCUGGUGAUCUUUGUUUGCUGGAUACAGAGAAGGAAAAAGAUCAGAAUUCAGACAAACCACACUGUAGCUCAGAUGGAACAAGACUGAGACAAGCAGAGCCAAAAGAAGAAAUGGAGACUCAUAAGAUGUUGGAAAAGAGAAGACAAGAGAAUUAAUCAGUGACAGUAUGCUUUCAUAUAGUGUGUUUAUUUCAGAACCUUUCGUCUUUCAGCUGCACCAUUUAGGGAGUGAUCAUCUGUGUCCAUCUAUUUCUGUCUCUAUCCUCCUCUGUCACACCAACCUUCUGCACAUCCACCUUCACUACAUCCAUAAAUCUUCUCUGUCUAAUUCACUGAGCUGUUUCGUCCGACCCA